GUCCAUUAUGAUUGAAGAUCCUGACGAUCUUGCCGUGGUACUGUGUAACUCGCCUCGUGCGCCAGGUCGACAUGUAAAGAAGAUUAUGUUGAACUAUGACGGCAUGAGUCUAGAAGAAACAUAUGACCAACUGCGGAUAUUGAUAAAUUAUUGUCCAAAUGUUGAAGUUUUCACUUCGGACGAAAUCUUGACGUUCUUGUGGUGGAAUAGCUUUUUGAAGGUUCUACAGGAUGGACACGUGUGGCGGAAGAUACAGAAGAUACCAGAAACGAUACGCGAGAGCGACAAUAUGGACUUGUACUACCAGUGCUCUCGCCAUCUGCGGCAGAGCUUGCAAACCAUACAGUUGCUCGGUCCUCGAUUCGGGCCUGUGCGGGAUACAGAUGUGUGCUGGCUUGAUGGCUUCCCCUGUCUGAAUUCAUUAGAGGUGUAUCCACGAAUAGGAUUUGCUACCGCACGAGACUUUGAACUGCUAUUAAAGUAUACACAGCAUCUACGCCAGCUCACUGUUGACUGGCACGACUUUGGACUCUCUCAGGCUGAGCUUGAGUGGUUGGAAGCAACACAAGCUCGACAGAUGCCAAGGAUCGAUAUUUAUCCCUCCAUGGAGUGUCUGAGGGUCACUGGCUGUUUCUCUUUUGAUUCAGUUUACAUGCCGCAACUUUGCUACUUUUUUCAAAAGUUUCCUAGACUCAAGAUUGCUCAACUCACGAUCCAUAGCGCCAAUAUGUUUGACAAUAUCUUUACUCAGUACAUAUCGCGUAUCCCCCAUGUGGUGAUCAAGGUCCGCUAUGCCACAAUUCUCUUGCAAGUCUUAAGCGCCCUUGUCGGGCUCGAGUAUCAAAAAGUGCUUGAGCUUGAGUAUGCGCCCGAAUUUCACUACCUUCGUCAGAUGGUGGUACGUCUGAAGAUGUCCAAGAAUGAAGUGAAUUGUAGUAUCAUAGGAGAACUCGAGGAUGAUUUCUUAUCUUCUGUUUCUAUCGAUAUUUUACAAACCAUAGGCUUUCGUAUUCACCAUCUUACAAUAGAGCAUCCUUUUCGAAUAUGGCAGGGGCUCAAUCUAGGUAUUUAUGGAGAUCUAUGCCCUCGUCUACAGACUCUGAAAGUAUCCUAUGUUGAAAUCGAACAGUUUGCGCUGGAUGUCCUCGAGGAACACAGGGAACUGAAGCAUAUCAAGCUCAUUGAUUCAGCCAUUAACAAUGACGCUGUCUUUUCGGCACUGUCGACCUUAGUACCUAAUUUGGAGACACUCGUCCUGGAGGACUGUACGUUUUUUAGAGAAUGCACAUUUCCGUUUACUCUCGUGAUGGACAUGCCUCAUACACGCUUCAAUCAUCAUUUGCAUAUCGAUUUGACCAAUGUGGAUUUUGAAAAGGUUCUAUUGCGCUUGUCUAUCGGUAAUAAGAGAUCAAACUAUUAUCUCUGUCAAGACAGUGGGACUAUGCAGGUACCAAACUUUGUCGUCCAGGAAUUGUAUGCAAACUAUCAUCCCUAUGUCGCGACUCUGUUCAUUCGCUGUCAAUAUAUACGCAGGCUUGAACUUACCUUACCCGAUGAAGAAAAAAACAUUGUGUGCUAUUUUUAAUAUUUACUAAACUGUAAAAUCAGCUUUAA